UUUUAUUUAUUAAACAGCAACAUGCAAAACACAAACAGAACAGCCAGAGGGAUUACACAAAGAAAUAAGGAAGAGAAGAAAAAAUAAUACAUGAACGUUAUAUCAAACCAAAUACAGACACGUAGCGAAUACAUUUUAUUUUGUAUACGUUUUAAAGAUUCUAAAUAGUUUUACAAAUCUGCAUUUUUUUUUAUAAGAAAAAGGCCUUUUUCUUCAUACAUUUUGAUUUAACUUACGCAGCAGGUUGGGAGAAUUUGGAUACUUUUGGAAAAGGGUUUGGUUUGGCUAAUAUGCAAAAAAAAAAAAAAGGAGACAUCAAUUUGACAUAAACUGUAUUCCCUCUAGUCUUGACAAAGUUAUCCACUUGAAGGCGCCCUUUGUUUAUGGACCAUUUUGAGUUAUGAUAAUUACAAAUCCCAAUGUUUAGCCACGCUGAAAAAGUACUCUCAGGAAACAGCAGAUUUCCCCGGUUUACCAUGUGAUCACUUAUCAGCUGAUUCGUGACGUUUUUCAAGGAAGGCGAAACUCGACAACAAAACAUGGUACAUUUACUUGACAAAUUACGCCCUGAAGAAUGUCCAAAACUAUUACACAGGGUGGUGGAUGGUGUAUGUGGGCGGGAGUCCCCUCGGAUGGCAGACUAUGGUGACAUGUGGACCCUUGUAGAAUGGAUGGAGCUCCUUGACUCCCUCUCCUCUCUGUUCCGGCUCGCCGUCGGUAAGAACACCCCAGACGAAGAGGUGCUGGCAUCGUUGGCAGACGUGGGCCGGGGGUACGGGGAGGCCGUGCUGACCGUCCUGAGGGCCAGACGGGAGGAGAUCCGCCAGGCGCUGGUAGAGAGGACCAAUAACGUGUCCAGCUCCACCCUCCAGGACUUUGACUGGCAUAUAAAGCUGGCAUUGGCCAGCGAUAAGAUCUCGUCUCUCCAGACCCCUCUACUCAACCUCAGUUUGGACGUGAAGGAGAACGGGGCCCUGAAGCCUGUGUCUGUCGAGAUGAACCGAGAGGAAUUACAAACACUCAUCAGCUCAAUGGAGGCUGCCAAUAAGGUGGUACUACAGCUGAAGUGAUGGUGGCGAUAGACAUUUAUUUCACUGUGCCCUUUCAUCUAUGGCUCUUAUUAAGGGGACUUGCUAUAUCAUCAUAGAGGGACACUGAACUAUGAUGCAGGGUCUUUCUGGAAACAGUGGUCUGAUCCAGAUACAGCUUUUUGCCUUCAACCCCCUUAGGCACUGAUUCCUACGCUUCCCCUCAUGAAUUCAAAAUCAUUGAAUUUGUGUAAGCAUGGGAUAGUGGGUGUUGCACCAUAUUCCAUUUAUUUUCAAUCCAUGAGGGGGAGUGAAUGAGUGCACAUUUUAGGGAAAAGGAUAUAGAAUCAUACUUCAGCCUAAGAUAAAUUCCCAAGACUGCAGUAAGAAGUAGUCUUUUGUACUUUUUUAUUUUUGCUGUGUUUUUUUGUAAUCCAUUCUAUUACUGUAUAAUAAAUAUUAACAUUUGA